AUGCUAACUUCUCUUCUACGGGUCUUUCGCCCAGCGUGGAAGCCUCUUUCUUUUCCCCGGAAAGGCAUCCCACUAGUGGCACCGUAUCAACUGAUUGAAGAGGAGACCAUCCCAGACUAUCUCGCGGAUCGCUACUACCCUGUCCGCAUUGGGGACGUCAUUCACGACCGGUAUCAAGUCGUAGGCAAGCUGGGCUAUGGCACCACUUCAACCGUUGGCCGUUGGCACGUCGCCCUGAAGAUCUUCAUUCGCGCCUCAUCCUUGGGGAAGCAGCUCGAUGACGAGCUCAACAUUUACAAUCGCAUAGCCGACGCCGCCACGCGCGGUCAUCCCGGCCGAAUUGCCGUCCGCCCGCUUCUCGACUCUUUCGACGUGAAGGGCCCAGACGACGAGCAUCGUUGCCUCGUACACCCGCCGCUUUGGGACAGCGUGCUCGCGCUGCUGCAUCGAAACCCCACACGUCGGCUGCCGCCGCUGCUCCUCGCCGUCAUUCUCAAAUAUCUAUUUCAAGCUCUGGAUUUCCUCCACACGGAAUGCCACAUUGCGCAUACAGACAUCAAGGCCGACAACAUCAUGUUCGGGAUAGGGGCCACCGAUGCGGCUUUUAUCAACUUUGAGCAGGAAGAGCUCAGAAGCCCGUCGCCUAGGAAAGAAGUAGAUGGCCGGUUCAUCUACUUGACCCGUGAGCUUCCGAUGCCCCAGCAGCUGGCGAACCCGGUCCUCUGCGACUUCGGCUCCGCCGUGCCGUUGGACGACGGCCGAGAGCACUGCGAAGACGUUCAACCGGACGCGUACCGCGCACCCGAGGUCAUCCUCGAGGCACCCUGGACGUAUAGCAUAGAUAUAUGGAACGUAGGAUGUAUGAUCUGGCACAUAUUCGAGGGCGGCCACCUGUUCAGCGGCCGGGAUCCCGAGCACGGGGAGUACCGGAGCCGGGCGCACCUCGGCGAGAUGGUUGCGCUGCUCGGCCCGCCGCCGCCGAGCCUGCUGGCGCGGGGCCGCCGCAGCGGCGAGUUCUUCGACUUGAGCACGGGCGAGUUCCGCGCCGGGAUUCCGCUGCCUGCCGCGCGGUCGCUCGAGGACCGCGAGACGACGCUGCUCGCGGCUGGAUCCGGACAGCAGCAGGACAGGGCGGCCUUCCUGCGCCUCAUGCGCAAGAUGCUGCAGUGGGAGCCGGAAAAACGCAGCUCGGCCAGGGAGCUGCUGGAGGACGAGUGGAUCCGGAAGCACACCGGAGGAGGUGGAGGAGGAGGAUGA